UUUUAUUUUUAAAGGCCGAAAGAGAGUAAAUCAGACAAUUGUUGUGGCAGUAUAUACAAUUUUGCGAAAAUUUAUAUAAGUGCACUAUCUAAAGAGAAGCCUUGCCCACAAAUAGUUGAAAAAUAUUCUGAAAUAAAAACAACAAAUGAAAACAUAAAAUUAAAAACAAUCUUUAUUCGUUUUGUCCAUUAGAGAAUGACUACAAUAAUAUACCAAAAUAUAUGUUAAAUAAAAGUGUUAAAAAAUUUGUGUCAACUUCUGUUUUCAUACUUACUAUAAUAAUAACAUAGUACUUAUUGAUUUAGUAAUAUAAGGUAAAAGUACAGUUAAAUAUGUCCAAAAAAAUGGAGACAGUAUUUAAAGCAAAUAUGGACCAUAUUACUAGUGAACUAAAUAAGUAAAAUAAAUUUUAUUAAAUGAAAAUAAUGAAAAAAUAAAGCAAAACAAAACAAAAUAUUUAUAUGGCCUUGCAUUGUAACUGGCGGCAACAGGGCAACGUUAAUUAACGCAGUGAUUUACAUACAAUUAAAUAAAAACAAAUAAAUGCUAGUUAUGACCUAACAUAUAGAAACUCACAUAAAAAUAACUGGAUUAUCAAAGAAAUAUUACGUUGUCAAAAUCUCUCUAAUAGUGCAAGAAAUUAUUAUAAGCAUCGAACCCUUUAUAAAAAGAAAGAAUGUUGUACAAUGUGGGCUUUAAAAAGUCGUAACUUAAUUAAAUUGUAGUCAUCAAGACUACUAAGAUUAUGAAAGUUAACAGAAGUAUUUAAAAUAUAGACAAAUUAAAGCGAAAUUCUUUCGAAAUGGAAUGUAUCCAAUAAUUAAUAUACUUAAAGUAUAAAAAAAGUUAACUAAUGGUUGACACCCGACGGAUUAUAACAGUAGGUUACUACAAAUACCUAUAAUGCCACACUGUGAAACAUCUAAUGGUGAAUGGACUUUGAACUCAAACGAAUUAAACAAUUACCAGCAAAAUAGGCGCAAUGAGGAACUACAAAGGAAGAAAAGUCAAUCCAAAGCCAAUAAAAAAUCGUCAAUCAAUUUGAAAACGGGACAGGGGACUGUUAGUGGGUUCAAUGACCAAUAUACGCAAAUUACUGACAACAUAAUAGAACAAAAUAAUUGCAAUGAUUUGGAAAACAUCUUUAUUGUACCAUCAAGUAGUUCAGGCGGAAUGGAGUCAUCGUUAUCCGAACUCCUUUUAAUUCCGCCAAAAAAAAUUUCUCAUCCUUGGCAAACCGCAGAAGAAAAAGAAAGUUGGCAAAAUGACAGUUUUCGCCAACGAAAUGAAAUGUUUUCUUGUAUAUAUACAAAUAGUAUGCUAAAUCAGCAACAAUGCCCGCAGCAACAGCUUUUGGCCACACAACUUUUAUAUGCUCGGCUUCUUCGGUCUCAGCUAGCUGAACAGGAAUCUCAGUCGAAUAAAUCAAAGAUGGUUCAUUAUUCAGGAUCGAAAAAGACCAUGCUUCGGCAAAAUGAGCUUCUAUCAACCCCAUCUUCGCAGGAUAAUAAUAACAAUAUUAAGUUAAUAAAUGAUAUCGAAAACAGCUUAAGCUGUGUAGAUCCCCAUUUGUUUGAUUUAUCUAAUGUUCACCAAAGUCAAAGAGCAGAACACAAAAAUAAGCAAGAAGAUAAAAAUUGUUACUCACCAAACUUAAAAUCGAACAAGGAAGCCAUAGAUGGGUACGACUUACAACACACAUUUGAUUUUAUCAGAGAGCAAAAAAACGUAUUCAUCGACAUUAUAAAAAAACUCGAAAAUCUCUCCGAGAUCUCAGGUAAAUUUAGGAAAAGGUUAAGUGUGCGUCAAGGUCACAUUGAUGUAAAUUAUGGCUCUGAUUCAGCCCUUGAGGAAAGUGUAGGAAGGCAAAUAGAUGGAAAUCGCAAGUCUAUUGAAAGUUUAUUGGAAGAGGUAAAACGAUUGUAUAAUCAAUGGAGCAGCGCUGAGCUCUAUUAUGUUCGCAGCUUACAACGCUUGGGACUAACAUCAGAGGAUGGAGGUGAAUAUACACAUACACCAACACAUACUAUUAUGGCAUUGGCUGCUAUAGCACUGUCUAAUGAAAGUGGUAUUUCCCUAGAGAAAACAUCUACAGUGCACUCUAAGCUCCUGGAUGUUGAUAGCGAGUCCGAUUUGUUUUUGACCUCAGCAAAACCUAAAACGUUGGUCGAAAUAGAGGAUAUAAUAUUACAACUCGCAUCAUCUCUUAAUAUGCCUCAAUCUAACGCUGCUAGUACCACUCCUGGGGCCUACAGUGAUAGUGUUAAAAGCGAUUGCGAAGAAUCAGACUCAGCACCCACUUGCAUUUGGCAUUCGACAAGUCGAACCUUUCGCCGCAAAAAUGAGGUAGAGCCUUGUAGCACUGCAGCUGAGAUUAUUUUAGAAUAUGCUUCACUGUCUUCGACUUCUAACUGUGACACCUCACGCUUGCUUACAUCUGCAUCAAAUAUUACAGAUGUUACUGAAAAUUAUAAUGUCACAACACAAUUGCCUAUUAUGUUUAAUUAUAAUCGAGAAAGUUCAGCUGUGUCAAUUAUUACCGAUCCUUCCAUUUUUCCUGAGUUUUCUACUGCACCUUCACCUCCGUCGACUAGUAGUAAUAGUGGAUGCUCUACUGGAAUUUUCGGCAUGAGUCAAAAUCGAAGAAAACAAAGACUUGCAAAGCGCAUUGAAACUUUGACUACAAAUUCUUUUAAAUCGGAUGCAAUAAGGGGACAUGGUGACAAAGAAAGCACCAAUCAGCUAAAAAUAUUGCCAUCAAUUACAGCAUCGACAACUGAAAAUGUUUCCCAUUUAAUUACUAAGACAUUGUCUUCGCCUAAUGUCUCUUUAAGAGCGCAGGAACAUUCCAUUACUAACUUUUUUAAGGAACGCAUAAGCGCUUUACAGGCGAAUACCGGAUCAAUGAAGUCUGAAAUUUUUCCAAUGCUAGAUGCCCCAUACGACUUAAGUGUUGGAAGCAAGACAAAACACAUGAACCUGGAAACAAAAAACCCAUCAAAUACCCAAUCAAAUGACUCUAAGGACACUUCAAAUGAUAAAAAAAAACCCCAUAUUAAGAAACCAUUAAAUGCGUUCAUGCUCUAUAUGAAGGAAAUGCGUGCUAAAGUUGUUGCCGAAUGUACACUAAAGGAAUCCGCUGCUAUUAAUCAGAUAUUAGGACGACGGUGGCACGAACUUUCCCGCGAAGAACAAAGCAAAUAUUACGAAAAAGCUCGACAAGAGCGCCAAUUGCAUAUGGAAUUGUAUCCGGGGUGGAGCGCACGAGAUAACUAUGGUUACGUGUCAAAAAAGAAAAAGCGAAAAAAAGACAGAUCGACAACGGAUUCGGGAGGUAAUAAUAUGAAAAAAUGCCGCGCCCGCUUCGGACUGGAUCAACAGAAUCAGUGGUGCAAACCGUGCAGGCGCAAAAAGAAAUGUAUUCGUUAUAUGGAAGCCCUGAACGAUAAUGGGCCCGCCGAGGACGGAAGUGGUUUUGAUGAACACGGAAGUCAGUUAAGUGAUGACGACGAAGAUGACUACGAUGAUGAUAAACUGGGCGGAAGUUGUGGAAGUGCCGACGAAACAAAUAAAUUAGAAGACGACGACUCAGAAUCACUAAAUCAAUCCAUGCCCAGCCCAGGCUGUCUUAGCGGAUUGUCCAGUUUACAGAGCCCAUCGACAACAAUGAGCUUGGCAAGCCCACUUAACAUGAAUGCCAAUUCAACAACCAGUGUUGUAUUUCCUGCUACUUCUAAUGCGCUUUUAAUCGUCAGCGCAGACCAGCCGACUGCACAGCAACGGUCCACAUUGGUGUCAAUCGCGGGAUCGAGCAGUGGCUCAACCAGUAGCAUGAGUACAACCCCAAAUAGGUCAAGUACACUUUCGCCAGUUACAUGUACGACCGGCCCGUGUCUAGGUUCAUCUCAGGAACGAGCCAUGAUGCUUGGAAAUCGUUUUAGUCACUUGGGAAUGGGGAUAAGUCCUCCAGUAGUUAGCACGAGCAGCAGUAAAUCUGAACCAUUUUUUAUGCCUCAUCCCACAAUUUGCAAUAAUCCUAUCUUUUCAUUGCCAUCAAUUGGUAAUUGUAGUUUAAAUAAUUCUCCAAUGGCGAACACAUCCCGAAACCCUAUUGGUGCUAACCCACGAGAUAUUAAUAAUCCCCUUAACAUCAAUCAGUUGACUAAAAGACGUGAAUAUCAAAAUAUUGACAUGAUUGAAGCUAGUGAGUCAAAGACUAUAGUUGCCCACGCCGCUACAUCCAUUAUUCAACAUGUAGCAGUGCACGGCUACCACGCGAAUCACUCGCUUUUAAAUAGUAGCUUAAGCCAACAUUUUCAUCACCAAUUAAAUAACCGUACGGAAAAACCCAAUAGAAGUGAGCAGACAAUGCUGUCCGUAAAUAGUCAUUCUGUAAAUAGCAGUGAAUGCCAUAAAGAAUCUGAUUCGCAGGCAAUUGCAUCUAGCAAGACUCCAAACGCUGCAUCUAACGAUAACGGCGUUAUUAGCGUUUCAUAACGGAUUGCAAUGGAUUUGUAGAAUUGAUUCAUCAAAUUUUAAUGUUUAUGUGUGAGAAAAUAAUUAAAAUAAAAACAUACGUGCAAUAAUUAUUAUUCUCGCCAGCCCAAGCCAUCUUAUGAAACAAGAGGCCAUCAAAACUAGUGCCACGCUUACAUCGCAAUAUUUCGUUUUUGUUUUUUUAAUAUAAAAAAACAUUACUAUAAAGUACACUGAGUCAUAGAAUUUGUGCACAAAAAUAUUUAGGAACAAUUCCAACAGAGGCCAACCUUAGAUAUUUCUAUAAAGAAACAUGACUCAAAUCUCAAUCUUGGCCGUGCCAAAUAGAAUAAACAGACACACUAAACUUAAGUUACAUAAAUACUUAUAUUGCUUUUGACACCUCAUCAAAUACUACUUUCAUCCAGGGGUAUAGACUUCAAAGCUCUAUGGGUAUAUCAAUAAAACAAUUUUGUAUACUUUUCUUUUUAUUUUGCUUAAAAUUAUGGUUAUUAUUUUUUUUACAAAAUUGUUUUUUUUUUUUUUUUUUAAUUGCGAUACAACUUUUGAAAAUCUAUAUUAAUAAUGCCUCUCCGGCAAAUAUUUGGUUGUGAAUAUAAAUUGUUUCUGCACUAAAACUAUGAGAAGGCCGAAAUAUAUGGAUUUCGAAGAUUAACGAAUCACUUAUUUAGCCAUUAAUUUGGUCGUUUGUCAUUUAUUGACUGUUUCAUUAAAGAAGACAGAAUUUAACAACGUCUAAUAUCAUAACGCCACCCUCAACCCCCGUGACGUGUAUCUAGCCUCAGGAUUUAAAUUAAAUGUAUCAUAUAUAUUUUAAUUUUUCAAUAUCCUGAAACAUUUAUAUUAUGUAUGCAAUGCCAGGACAAUGAGUGAUUAAACUUAACAAAAAGGAUAUUGUUAGUUCCGAAGAGAUAAAGACCACAAAAAGUUACCCAAUCUAAGAGUCUGUGGGUGUUAUGGCACAAGCCGCUUGGAUGACCCCGGACACGCCGCCAUUCGCAUUAAAACAUUAAAUUUAACCUUGCUUGUAAUGAUAACUAUAAAUUGUUAAAAUGUAACAUGCUUAAAGUAUAUGAUUUCACUUUAAGAUAAAUGAUUCUAUAUAAAUUAGUUCACUACCUCUAGAAAGUUAACGAAUUAAAUGGUUCAUCAUAUAGUAUGCCGAAAAAGCC